UGGUUAUGAUCUUUUCGACCGAAAAGAAGGGAUAGUACGUAUUUUUCGUUGGGGAUUUCCUGGAAAAAGCCGUCGUAUCUUUUUACGAUUCCUUAUAAAAGAUAUUCAGUCCAUCAGAAUCGAAGUUAAAGAGGGUGUUUCUGCCCGGCGUGUCCUUUAUAUGGAAGUUCGAGGUCAAGGGGCUAUUCCUUUAAUUCGUACUGAUGAGAAUUUUACUACACGAGAAAUUGAGCAAAAAGCUGCUGAAUUGGCUUACUUCUUGCGUGUACCAAUUGAA